GCGAUGACGUCACGAUAGGGGAUUUCCCUGUUAGAUUUAUUUCCUUGUUGAGUGUAGAGAAAGAAGCAAGAAGAUGUAAUCUAGAUCAGUCCAGUGGUGGUGUUUAAUACAGUUCAUGGUUCAAAUAUGUUUAAGAGUGAAGACAGAACAUACCUUAUAAAAAAGGACACUAACAUCUGUGACAUUGAUUUUCUCAUCCUUAAGAAAUUAUUUAAUUAUUUGGAUGCUUCCCCAUCUUCUACACAAGGAUGGAGGGACCUUGUGGCAGCAAUCCCAGACAGUCCAUUCAGACCAGAGGAAGUGGAACAAAUAGCAAUGUGCAUACAUUCUCAUCAGAGUCCUUCUCAGAAACUGUUACAGAGGCUUGGCACACGUGGACGCACUGUGGAACAAUUAGUGUCCUAUCUGUGGGCCAUGAAAAAUGAAAAAUGUCUGGAACUUUUGAUUGCUCAUGAACCUGUGAAGAUUUGCAAGGAACCAGUGGCCAGUGUAGUUCUUGAAGAAGGUGAUACGCUCACACUGGAGUGUGAAGCUACUGGGUUUCCUUUUCCUCGGUAUCAGUGGUUUAACGGACAAGCUGAAGUAUUGAGUGGAAGUGAAUCUCUCCUGUGUAUUCCUGCCAUAAAAUUGAGAGACAAAGGGCGAUAUGUCUGCAGAGUUCAUAACCGUGGGAAUGAAGGUGUAUGUUUUUCCAAGCCUGCAAUGGUUCAAGUUAAGCCUUGCAAUUACAAUCAAGAUCAAGGAUGCGAAAAUUUGUACUCUCGGACACCCACUGAGUCUUAUGUAACACCACUUCAUCCUAAUGCACCAUACAUAGCUCGACAACCGGAACUGAAUGACAACAGGAUUAUAGCAGGGAAACCAUUUGAAAUAGUCUGUGAUGCCAGUGGACAAUCGCCUCUUAAGUACCAGUGGUAUAGAAAUGGCCAGCCUCUUCAUGUGGAAACUGGAAUGAGAUUUUAUUGUAGUGGUGCCAGUACUGAUCACAGUGGAAUAUACCAGUGUGUUGUGUCAAACAGAUAUGGGGAGGCAAGGAGCAAAGAAGUUCAAGUUCAAGUGGAGCUAGCCUAUGGUUCUCAGCCAGUCCCCAUCUCACCCACCAUUACCAAGUCUCCAAAGGCCUGCAAACUGGAGGAAGGAGGGACCACAGUGUUGAAUUGUGAAGCAAUAGGAAUGGAGCCAAUUGCUUUUCAAUGGUAUAAAGAUGGAAAACCCAUAGAAGGUCAUGCUGGCCCGAGGCUCGAGUUGAACAAUGUGACGGUAGAUGAUAAAGGAAUUUAUCAGUGCAGUGUUAGCAAUAGACAUGGAAAGGCACUGUCCAAGGUGGCCAAAGUGGAGGUUUUCUGUUCAGAUAAUAGGGAAUUCACUGCAACAGACAAAGUUGUCCUCUUAAUAGGAAACCAUCAUUAUAGAUGUGAAAAGAACCUCAUUGCUCCUCCAAAUGACAUCAGAGACUUACAAAAUCUGUUUGAAGAGAUGAACUUCAAAGUGGUUUCUCUCAUUAAUUUAACAAAAGAGCAAAUUUUAAAUGCAGUUGAUGAAUUCUGCAAGUUGCUGUUUAAGGGUGUUUAUGGUGUGUUCUACUUUGCUGGACAUGGUUUUGAAAAGCAGGGCCAGUGCUACCUUGUACCCUCUGAUGCCAGCACUGGGUAUGGUGCUAAUGACUGUGUCUGUGCUGAAUAUGUGCUGAAGAAAAUGCAGGAAAUGAACCCAGCUCUGGCAGUUAUGAUGCUAGAUAUAUGUAGGAAGGAAAAUGUCCAUGCCACAGAAUCCGUAGAAAUAUACAAGCCUGCAGUCCGAGGCAACAUGGUGUUUGCUUAUGCAACCAGUUUCUCCAUGGAAGCAUAUGAAGAAGAACCACUGAUGCCUGUUGAUACCUCAUUGUGUUCAGUGAAUGGCAUAUUUGUCAAGCAUCUUAAAAAAUUGAUUAAGCAAAAGAAGAUGGUCAGCACAAUGUUUCAAGAAGUAGCACAAGCUGUGAAUAAAGAUGCACUUGCUAAAGAAGUACAGUUUCCAGAAGUAAGAACCAACCUCAAUGAGGCAAGAAGCUUUACAGAUCCAAUUGACUUUAGAGGAUCUACACAACGUUUUGACAAAAACUUGCUACGAUGGCAGCAAUCAUGGGAAUGCCCCUCUUCAACAACUUACAGAUCUCCUGAAAGUAAUAUUAUAGUGAAACUAGACUUUGAAGCAGCAUUCUGUAACCAGCUAGAGGUGCAUACAACAGUACUUGAUGAAGCAGCUUGUAGUAAUGUGGCAGCAUGGGUGGAGCACCUUGUUGAUGCUUACAGUACUCAAAAUCGUUGCAAGAAAUCAUGUAAAAGUUCCAGGCCAUAUAUUGCCAAAUCAGAAUUCAAUGACAUCCAGAAUCUUCGUGGUCCAUUACAUGCAGUUUUGUUUCUCCAAUAUAAAGUAUAUGAGGAGUCACACACAGAAAAAGCUCAUAUCGAGCUUGGAGAACCAUUGGUAGUUCCUUUGCUCCUAAGCAGACCACGGGUAUUGGCCAAUCAAAGAGUACCAAUGGAGCAGGAAGAGGUCAUAUAUCAUGUCAACAGAUGAUGAACAGUGGUAACUUUAAAAGCACAGGGUUAUAUUUUUAAUGAUAUAAUUCCUUGAGGAUCCAAGUGUUUUCUGGCACUUCGCACUACUCUGUACUGGAGGUCAGCUGAGUGAUGACAUGAAUUACAUACAGAAAUUAUCGCUGGAACUCUUCUAGCUAAAUGGUAGCAGCCAGUUACACCACAUAGUGCUUAGGUGUUAAAUGCUUGUUGCGUGAUCUGCCUUCAGUGAUCUGCUUAGCAAACCAGUCACAUGGGUAGGAGCACCUUGGCUUGGCUGUCACCUUGAUUGGUUAAUGAUCCUUGCGACAUGAAAACCUAGUUCUUUGUUUGUCUAGUGACCCGCAGCAGACAAGAGUCUACCGCCAUUUUGUUCAUAGAAAAUUUUCUCGAAAAAUGCUUGUCUGAAUGAACUUUUAGCAGCAGUAAUUAUUUUCAUGCCACUUUUAGACUUCCCUGUUGGUAAAGUAAUCAUACAUAUGCUCUUAUUUGUGACAAUUUUGUGAAUAAUGGUAUGACGAGAGGAAAGAACAGGUGCCAGUCAGAUGCCAAAUGCCUGAGCUUACAUGGUUGUAGACAGAUCUGAUUGUUGGGAAGAGAACAAAAUUUACAAAUUGAAAACUGUUGAUAUUUUAUUGUUACUUUGUUUACCACAAAUGAAUUAUCAGGUUUCCAAAUAACUCGUGUUAUUUAUGGAUUAGAGAGCAUCAUAUUGGUAUGCAUUGUAAGCUAGGUGAGAUAUCCUCAUGCUUUGCUUUCAGUUGCUGGUCAUGUAUAGGCUAAUAUAAACAAUUGUGUACAGAACUACUGUAUAUGUGUUUUGGCAAUUGCCAGUAUAUUCAUACUUCAUCAGGGGACAUUAUUUAAUAAACCGUCAUAGCUGAAA